AGCAGAGAUGAUCUCUGCUAGCUGUCUGUUAAUCGCUCGAGUUUAGCAGAGUUUAGUUCCAAACUGUAAUUUUCAUUGACCGUCAGUCAAUUUGUUGCCGACGAACUUUUACAAAAAUUUGUAGGAAACUGUGGCUGCUUGUAACUUUAAAUUAUGUGUUUAAACACGAUGAAUGUUUGUCAAGUGUCCUGAAAAAUUCCUGCUAAGAUUUGCUUACGUUCCGACAGUGAAAUAACCUCAAUUUCCAGAAUGUUAUUAUUUUCUGUUAAGAAGUAGGAAUUACAGAGUAUCGUGACGAUUCUUCUUACCUGUAGCACCACAUGUAUCCGAAAAAGGGCAUUCGGACGCAGUACGAUGAAAAUCAUUUGGGAAAGUCGUAUGAUCGUUGUGCUUAUUUAAAUUGUUACAAAGGGAAGUACAUGGGAGUACAGUUAUUUAGGUUUCCUGCGAAGGACGAUCGUAGGCAAGAAAUAUGGAUAAAGUGCAGUGGGAAUCCUCGGGUGCGGACCUGGUCGGGCACGACCAUAAGGAGGGCUGGACUAUGCGGAGAUCAUUUUACGGCAGAAAGCUUUACGGAUGGAACUCGUAAAAGAUUAAAGCGCUAUGCCGUUCCAAUACCUUAUACAUUAACAAACAGCAAAAACUUUCAAUCUGAAAGCAUCAUGGCAGCAUCGGAUUGGUUGACAGUACAAAAUAAGAUAAAGAUGGAUGAGCCAAGGACUUCUGUUCCGGAGCAACAAGUUAUUGAAAAUGUGGAUCAGCCUGGUAAAAUAAAAUUCAUGCAAAAGACAACUGAAUCUAAGCCUUUAGAAUAUACAAUACAGUACGAGAACAAUUUAACUUUGAUUACAUCUGAAAGUGAUUCUUGGGUAAAGCAAUCAAGUAGCGUAGAAGAAGAUGCAACCACUCUUAUGACACUCCUAGAUGAAGUAAAUAGCGUCAAUGGACCCAUACCUCAGUAUCACACGAAAAGAACGCUUAAAUCAAAAGGAUCGGAAUCUUUGCUUAAAUUGGGAAAGGCUUCGAAGCUUAGGAAUAUUAAAUAUACUCGCUGUGGUUCAAACAUUUGGAAUGAUGGCAUAAGUGUGGGAUGCUCUUCGGAAUUAGCUAGAGAAACUCUAGAAAAGCUGAAACAGCAAUAUCCAAACCGUGAGCUGAAAAUUAUGAAAAUCGUAAGACCCGUGGGAUCGAACAAGGUACACGUGCAAACUAUAAAUCAGGAGCAGCUUAAAGCGGAGACAGACAAAAAUUCCAAAAUAAGAGCCAGUCUCCCGGAAAGGCGAUUGAUACAGUACCCUGAGAAAAAGGUAAAAAUUGUAAAAAUUGCUAAAACGGAUGACCAGAAUAAAACCUUCCCCAACGUAGAUUUGCACAGUACUAAAGUUACACAAAAUUCAGAGAUUUCCAUCUCCAAUAAUGAGUCCGAUAGUGCCGAUAAUUCAGUUUUGUUCCCUGCAAAGGGUACAUUAACGUUACCAAAUCAUAAAGGUGCUGGCACUCCAUUGAACCUAGUUUCCGAGAUCGAUAACAAAAGUUCUUGUAGCGAAGAAACUUGCACAUUACAAAUCAAGACAAGUUCCAAUCUGCAGGAGUUGCAGGACAAGUAUAAAGAAUUGGAAAGGAAAAACGCUUCUCUUCAGAAGACCAUAAAGGAGUUAAACGUGAAGUUACAAGAAGCACAGGUACCUAGGUACAAGCUGAAGAUGCAGGUGUUUGCUGUUAAUUAAUAUUUGUAUUAGUAAUUCACGAGGUUAAUUUUAUUUUCCAUUACCUAAUUUAUCUAAAAGAAUAGAUAGAAUUUUGAUACGUUAUGCAAUAACCAUAGGAGUAUAACUCCUUUAUGUGAUUUCAGCCGUUUCUUAGGAGUAAGUGUAUCUUCCUCUUGAAGAGGGAACGUAAAUGUGUUUUGUAAAAACCAUUUGUAACAUAACGCAUGUAAUUACAGCUUCUAUUUGCCGUGAAA